AUGACCUUCACAAUUAUUACACAAUUUGAAAGUGAUAGAACAUUUGCUACUGUCACAGAAACAGUUGAUUCGCAAGAAGAAUCCGUGCAGAGCCAGGAUUCUUUUGACCUUUCUAAUAACUUUGCCUUGUCAUCUAAUAAUGUUUCCAAUAACCACACCUAUAGCCAACAAGAACAAUCUGAAAAUGCAUCAUCGCCUUCGUCUCCAAGAGGUAUCACCAAGAAGAAGCGAAAGAAUUCAAAGAAUUCUGUGGUGGUUGAUUUUCCAUCAGUAAUCACAACUGUUUCGAAUAACAAUAAUUCAACCAACACCACUCCAACACAACAAACUUCUUCCUCCUCCUCACAAUACCAAGACGAUAUGUGGAUGCAAGGUGUUUUAUUCCAAUUCAAAAACUCUUGUCUCUGUUCUUCAUAUUCGUCCAGUUAUUCGAUAAAACAAACAAAGAAACCAAGUAGCAAUCCAACAUCGGUGCUCGUUUCGAAUAGAAGAACAAUUUAA